AUGGAGCCAAAUGAUCACAUGGUUCCCAAUGGAAGAAGGCUUUCUGAGAAAAGGUUGGCAGGCAAAGUUGUAGUAAUAACCGGAGGGGCAAGAGGGAUCGGAGCCAGCAUCGCCAAACUAUUUGCCGAUGAGGGAGCCCACGUUGUGGUCGCCGACCUACAGGACGAGUUAGGCAAAACCCUAGCCAACUCAAUAGGAGGACGCUACAUACACUGCGACGUGGCCAAGGAAUCGGACGUGGAAUCAGCGGUUGAGCUAGCACUAGCAUGGAAAGGCCAAUUGGACAUCAUGCUGAACAACGCUGGCAUUGCAGGCCUCGACAAUGGUAGCAUCACCAACCUCCAAAUGGAAAACUUGAAGGCUCUGCUUGCCGUCAAUGUUAAUGGAAUCUUGCACGGAAUAAAGCACGCUGCAAAGGCGAUGAUUGCCAGAGGAAAAGGUGGCUCCAUCAUCUGCAUGUCGAGCUCCGCUGCGCUGAUGGGUGGGCUGGCAUCGCAUUCCUACACGCUCUCCAAAGGGGCCAUUCUGGGGAUUAUGAGAAGCGCGGCGUGCGAGUUGGGCGUCCAUGCAAUUCGGGUUAACUCGAUUUCGCCACACGGCGUGGCGACAGAGAUGUUGGUGAGCGGGUACCGGAAGGUGACGGGGAAGGCGGAUUUAACAUGCGAGGAGGUGAGCAAGCUUGUGGGCGAGAGCGGGAGUCUGCUGCGCGGAAGACCGCCGAGCGUGGAGGAUGUUGCCCGCGCAGCCUUGUUUCUUGCCGGCGAUGAGGCAGGAUAUGUGACCGGACACAAUCUGGUUGUUGAUGGGGGCUAUACUUCUGCUUUCAGCCGACUGAGUUUCAUCUACCAAGGCUAA